UAUUUGUGAUCCCAAUCCAUGUGAAAAUGGAGGUAUCUGUUUGUCAGGAUUGGCUGAUGAUUCCUUUUCCUGUGAGUGUCCAGAUGGCUUCACAGAUCCCAACUGUUCUAGUGUUGUGGAGGUUGGUCCCUGCAUUCCCAAUCCAUGCCAUAACGGAGGAACCUGUGAAAUAAGUGAAGCAUACCGAGGGGACACAUUCAUAGGCUAUGUUUGCAAAUGUCCUCGGGGAUUUAAUGGGAUUCAUUGUCAGCACAAUAUGAAUGAAUGUGAAGCUGAACCUUGCAAAAAUGGUGGCAUAUGUACAGAUCUUGUUGCUAACUAUUCCUGUGAAUGCCCAGGUGAAUUUAUGGGACGGAACUGUCAAUACAAGUGCUCCGGGCCACUGGGAAUUGAAGGUGGUAUCAUAUCAAAUCAGCAAAUCACAGCUUCAUCUACUCACCGGGCUCUCUUUGGACUACAAAAAUGGUAUCCCUACUAUGCACGUCUUAACAAAAAAGGACUUAUUAAUGCCUGGACAGCUGCUGAAAAUGACAGAUGGCCAUGGAUUCAGAUAAAUUUGCAAAGAAAAAUGCGAGUUACUGGUGUGAUUACCCAAGGGGCCAAGCGGAUUGGAAGUCCAGAAUAUAUAAAAUCCUACAAAAUUGCCUAUAGUAAUGAUGGGAAGACCUGGACAAUGUACAAAGUGAAGGGCACCAAUGAAGACAUGGUUUUCCGUGGAAACGUUGAUAACAAUACCCCUUAUGCUAACUCUUUCACACCGCCCAUAAAAGCUCAGUAUGUAAGACUCUAUCCUCAAGUUUGUCGGAGGCAUUGCACUCUAAGAAUGGAACUUCUUGGCUGUGAGUUGUCAGGCUGUUCUGAGCCUCUAGGGAUGAAAUCAGGACACAUACAAGACUAUCAGAUUACUGCCUCCAGCAUCUUCAGAACUCUCAAUAUGGACAUGUUCACUUGGGAACCAAGGAAGGCUAGGCUGGACAAGCAAGGCAAAGUGAAUGCCUGGACUUCUGGACACAAUGACCAGUCCCAAUGGCUGCAGGUGGAUCUUCUUGUUCCUACCAAAGUGACAGGCAUUAUCACACAAGGAGCUAAAGAUUUUGGUCAUGUUCAAUUUGUUGGUUCCUACAAACUAGCCUACAGCAAUGAUGGUGAGCACUGGACUGUAUACCAGGAUGAAAAGCAAAGGAAAGAUAAGGUCUUCCAGGGCAACUUUGACAAUGACACACACAGAAAAAACGUCAUUGACCCUCCCAUCUAUGCACGACUCAUCAGGAUCCUGCCUUGGUCCUGGUAUGGGAGGAUCACGCUUCGAUCCGAGCUGCUGGGAUGCACAGAGGAGGAGUGAGGAGCCUCUUCUCCACAGCCCUCUUAUGCCCCUAACAGUAUCUCCAUGGAAUGAACUCUGCAACAUCUGUUGGAAAAAUGAAAAUGGCUUUUUGUUUGUUUGUUUUCAUGGAAAAGUGCUCAAUUUCUGGUGGGCCACUGUCUUUAGGGAGGUCUAAGCCUGCCUUUUCAGUGCUUCAAUUUUAUUUUUUAUUGUUUAAAUUACUUUGCUAACAUCACAUUAUUGAAUUACUUUUUUCAUUGUUUUCUGAGUGAUUCACACUGGUUGAAAUAUAUUGGGGGAAGUAAGUGGUAUUCAUUUUGUAGGAAGGAUAAAGAGAAAUCACAUAGUUCUUAAAUAAGAAGAGUUGAUAGAGCUUUUGUAAUGAAUACUUAACCAAUUCUUAUAAAAGGAAUACUGCAAAGUUAGCAAUAAGGGUUUGUUGUGUUUUUCACCCACUGUAAUGAGUCUCCGUUACCCUGUUUCCCUGUGCCUGCUAAACACUGUCAGCGUUUAUAUCAGAAUUUUGAAGAA